AUGAGUCUCCUUAUGUCGCUCGCUCUAGCCUUCCUUGCUAUGGCUUCGCAAGGGACUGGGCAAUUCACGGUCGAGCCACAACCCUAUUGUCACCCCGUAGCUGGGAAUUUUAGCAACAACGCAGACUACUGGCUGCAUGCAACGCCGGUGCUACGAGCUCACUGGUGCUUCGACUACGCCCCACUUGUCCGUCGACAAUAUACGGAUUAUUGGAUCGGUUGGAAAAACAUCAGCUUUCUAUUUGCAUUCGGUGACUCCUACACGAGCACAAGUUUCAACAUCGCAGGGAAACAACCCAGUCUCAGCAACCCAUUGGGCAAUCCUUCAUAUCCUGGCUCUACCUCCGCCGAUGGUCCUAACUACAUUGACUUCUUGACAACCACUUAUAAUGAGAGCUACAUCCAGGCUUAUAAUCUAGGCUACGGUGGAGCCACGAUCGACGACUCGAUCGUCAUGUCAGGCUUUGGAACUUCAGUGCAUAGCUUUCAAGACCAGGUUGAAAACGAAUUUCUGCACACCUACGUCAACAACAGCAAAGUCCCAUGGACCGCCUCCAAUAGCUUGUUCACCAUAUUCUUCGGUGUCAACGACGUGACGAACUCUUUCGCUCCUUUUGCGUCACACAACGACUCUGUGAACUACGAGCUCGUCAAGGCAUAUGAAAGCCUCGUCGACAAGCUGUACGCUGCCGGAGCGCGCAACUUCCUUUUCAUGAACGUUCCUCCCGUCGAUCGUUCACCGGGAACGCUCGAGAUGGGCUCUGUUGAUCAAUCUGCCGAGGCCAGCUUCAUCGGAGCGUUCAAUUUUCGACUUGGUGCCCUUGUUUACAACCUAGCUCUACGCCAUGCAGACACGACGUUGUUCACAUUCGACACAAACUUCCUCUUCACUAGAGUUCUGGACGACCCGAUGCAAUUUGGAGAGACGGCCGGAUACUUGAAUACAACGAAUUACUGCGCGACUUACGAGAAUGGCACGUCAUCCUUGACAUCCUUGGAUCCAUCAUGCGGUAUAGCUGUCGAUCAGUACUUUUGGCUGAAUAGUCUCCACCCAACCUAUCCAAUGCAUAAUUUCAUGGGCUCUCAGAUUGCGAAGAUCCUUUCAGGUUGA